UAAACACACAGUGACCGGAGGGACAGAAUCACAUCCAAACACAGGAGACAGAAACACUAGAGGACAUGAUUAUUUCACUCGAUCAGCGUUAAUGCUGCUCAUGUUUCAAAGAUUGAGAGUUAAUUCGAGUCCCGCCGCUGCACGAGGAUCAUCAGUGAGAAAAUCCGAAGAGUCGGUUUGUUUGCGGAUGAUCAAUGAAAACAUGAUCCCGCAGAGAGAGUUUCCACAGCCAGAUUAAAACCGUUAUACAGCGUUCAGUUCAAACAUUACACUUCACUAGAGAAUUAAGUCAUUUCAAAUUGGUGUUAAUGGCGUUUUUAGUCAAGAAGAAGAAGUUUAAGUUUCAGACUCAUGUUACUCUGGAAGAGCUGACAGCCGUGCCGUUUGUCAAUGGAGUUUUGUUCUGCAAGAUCAGACUCCUGGAUGGAGGAGAUUUUACUGCUUCAUCAACCAGAGAAGAAGUCCACGAGAACGCCGUUCGCUGGAGGAAGAGGUUCUCCUUUGUAUGCAAAAUGAGCGCCAACCCCAACACUGGCGUUCUGGACCCCUGCGUGUGUCGCAUCUCUGUCAGGAAGGAACUCAAAGGAGGAAAAGCGUAUUCAAAGCUGGGCUUUGCUGAUCUGAACAUGGCGGAGUUUGCUGGUUCGGGCUCCACUGCGCGCUGCUGUCUGCUGGAGGGGUACGACACCAAGAACACCCGGCAGGACAACUCCAUCCUGAAGGUGACAAUCGGAAUGACCCUCUUAUCCGGAGAUCCGUGUUUCAAAACUCCCCCAAGCACUGCCAAAUGUAUAUCUGUGGCUGGUCGAGACCCUUCCCUGCAGCUGGACUGUAAAGGAGAAGGAACCACAGAAGUUUUGCCCCGACUGGCUAAACAGAGACCUUCUAUACUCGGCUCUGCACUUCCCGAGGAAGUGGAUCAGGGUCAAAGUCCUGAUGAAUCGUUUCACACGGGUCAUUCACGCAACUCCAGUUAUGCCAGUCAGCAAAGCAAACUAUCAGGCUACAGCACCGAACACUCCUGCUCCUCCAGUCUGUCUGAUCUGACCCAUCGCAGGAACACGUCUACAGGCAGCAGCGUGAGCGCCGACCCCCCGUCUGAGAGUGACACCCGUCCCGACCGGCCUCCGCGACCCCCGCGGCCCAUGCUACCCUCCAACAGACCGCUACGGAGAAAACAGGAUUCUGUGGAGGAUCACCCGACCUGGGUCAACGACACGCGUAUUGACGCAGACGACAUUGUGGAGAAGAUCGUCCAGAGUCAGAACUUUUCUGACAUCAGUAACAAUGAAGAUAGCAACCUGAGACUGUUUGUGAGCAGAGAUGGAACGACAGCACUGAGCGGCAUCCAGCUGGGAAACAGGGUCUCCGCUGGUGUGUAUGAGCCGGUCGUCAUUGAAAGCCAUUAGAUUUACACUUGUGGUGUUCUUGUUGUCACUUCAUCAACAAAAUACUGGAAGAAUCACACAAAUGUCUAAAUUAGUCCAGACAAAUGUUUAAGUGCCAAACCACUGCAGAUGCCUCAAUCAAACCACCAUGAUGCUUUACCACCAGAUUUAUCAUGACACUGUACAACAGAAUGAAUCAAGAUACAGCUAUAGAAGCCUGUUUCUGCUACAGGAUAAAAGAAUAAAAAAGGUAAUUGCAAUUAUCUCACCAUUCUGAAUUUUUCCCUCAGAUUUGCCAGAAACAAAGUCUGAAUUGAGAGAAAAAGUCACAAUUAGGUUUUAUUUUUUUAUUCCGUGUUGGAAACAGGCUUCUAUAAAUACCAGUGAGAACAGUUGCACAUUCAUGUUGUCUACUUACAGCCCCAUACUGUAUGUGUGUUUUUGUCUUGUUUCUUCGUCUCACAUCUGUAAUGUGUACUUGUGAUUUGCUUUUGUCCGAGUCUGAUGCCACUUUUUUUUUUUUUUUUUUUGCGAUAACACUACGUUUUGACUGAUUGGGCUUUUCAUGUGGGCUUUUUCUGGAGCAUCAGCUGGUCUGAGUGCUGUGAAAGUACUAGAGAUGUUCUCUGAGCCACAGGACGUCCUGUCUGUUGUCCUCCAUCUUCGGUUUUCCUCUAAUCAUUAAACCUGUUGCUGUGCAACACUAAACUCCCUCCCUACAGAUCCUAGUGUUAUAAAACCAGUUUAAUGCACUUUACAGGAGAAUCUCACCAAAACCAUCCAGGUCAUAUUGUAGCUCAAAAUCAAGAAAUUCUUUAUUUAUAAAAAGAAAAUGAAACCUAUUUUAGAAUCAGUGAAGAAAUAGUUCACCCAAAAAUUAAAAUUUGCUGAAAAUGUGCUCACCCUCAGGCCAUCCAAGAUGUAGAUAAGUUUGUUUGUUCAUCAGAUUUAAAGAAAUGUUGCAUUCCAUUACUUGCUCACCAAUGGAUCUUCUGCAGUGAAUGGGUGCCAUCAGAAUGAGGGUCUUGAGAAGCAAAAAGCAUUUUUGUAUUUCCGGAUGACCUGAGGGUGAGCACAUUUUCAGCUAUUUGUUUUAUUUCUUCUUGAACUAUUCCUUUAGAUUUAUUAUUAUUAUUAUUAUUAUUUUGUAUUGUAACAUUGAUUUUUUUGCAAUUCUCAUGACAAAUAAUUCACACUAUUCUUUAUACAUAAUGAUUAUUUUCAUUACUUUUUUUCAUUUUCAUUGUUUUCUGUUCCAAUGCAAAAUGUCAUUAUUAAUUAAAUAAUAAAUAUAUUUUACACAUUAUUAUUAUUAUUACUAUUAUUAUUAUUAUACUUUGUAUUAUUAAUAUAUUUUGUAAUAUUAUUAUUAUUAUUAUAUUAUUUUGUAUUGCAACAUUAAGCAUUUUUGCAAUUCCCAUCACAAAUAAUUCCCUUUUUUUAUUCACAAUGAUUAUUUUCAUUACUCUUUUUUUAUUUUCAUUGAUUUCUGUUGUAAUGCAAUAUUUUAAUUAGCUGAAUAAUAAUAAUAAU